AUGGAGCGCGAGAUGUCGAGGGUGGACGCCGACUCGAACGGCUGCAUCGACUUUCGUGAGUUCGUCGCGCUCAUGUGCGGCCGAUUCGAGGGGACAGAGUGGCUGACCGGCGCGAUGCGAGCGGCCUUCGCGAUGGGCUCCACUGGCCGCCACCGCCGGGUGUCGUCGGCGUCGUCGGCGUCGUCGGCUUCGGACGACGAGACGCGGAGGGGAGGCGCGUCGGAGGACGAGUCGGAGCGCGCGAUGGACCCCGUGGCGUGGAGGCUCUGCGAGAGGCUCCUCUAUCGGCCGUAUGAGUGCCCUGGCUACGGGACGGCGACCUUCGAGCUGAAGUCCGAGAAGGCCGCGGGCGACCGCGAGCCGGUGCAGGCGGCGGAGCGCUCGAUCGUCGAGCGCACCGCGUCGCGGAAGCAGGAGCCGACGGAGGAGCAGAAGGAUGCUCGGGCCGCGGCUCGCAGGGCCAAAAAGGCCCGGCAGAAGGCGAACAAGGCGGAGAGGAAGGCUGCGGCGGCGGCCGCGAGCGAGGCCGAGCGUGCGGACUACCCGCACGCGCAGCUGCGCGAGAACGUCGAGUUCGUGAUGGAGGGCUUGGAGGCUGCGGCGCAGGCGGCGCGCAACCCCAGCGGGUCCAAUAUUCAGGUCGCCUACUCGCUGCCUCCCGAGGGGGGCAGCGGGUUCGGCGACCUGGUGUACGCCACGGUCCCUCUGGGCUCCGUGGCGACGAAGGUCGCCCGGGACUGGCUCGCCAACGAGCUCUACGAGCCGUCCCGGAGCGGCAAAAUUGAUGCGGCCUGCAGGGACCGAAAGGUCGCCGACCUGAUCACGGCUGCCGGCGCCUCGGCGCCGGCCGACGCCGUGUUCGGCGGCAGGUUCGCGACGGGCGAGGCGCCCCGCCCGACGACCCCCGCCUCCGAGGCGGACGAGGGCGACGGCGUCGGCGGCGAUGGCGGGACCGGCAUCGAGCACUUUGACCUUUUCGAGCCGGACCCCACCCCCAUGGAGGAUCUCUGA